AUGGCUGCAUCUACACCAGUAGAAAAGCAGGUACCCAUUGCUCAAGCUUCAGACUCAGGGUCGUCACAUGCCUCCAAGUCGGCAUCACCACCACAUCACGGUUCAAUCGAGGACCAUCCGUUUAGUAAUCCAGCCACAGCUCAAUAUUGGCGCCAAAUAUACGAAAAUGCAGAGUACGAAGGACGUCAUCGGUUCGACCCAACGUAUACAUGGGAAGCCGAAGAAGAGAAACGUCUCGUCAAAAGGCUCGACUGGCGAAUAGCACUCUGGGCAUGGGUUAUGUUCAUCUCGCUGGAGUUGAACCGCAGAAAUAUCAAUCGAGCGAUCUCAGAUAACUUACUCAAAGAUUUGGGCAUGAAUACCAAUGACUAUAACUACGGUCAAACUAUCUUCCUCGCAUCUUUCCUAUUUGCAGAGCUUCCCAGUGGUCUUAUCAGCAAGAAGUUUGGUGCUGAUCGAUGGAUCCCAACAAUCAUUUGCUUAUGGUCCAUCGUCAGCGCCGCACAGUGCGCCAUGAAAACUAAAACCCACUACUUCGCCAUCCGGUGCAUCCUCGGUCUGCUAAUGGGCGGCUUCAUCCCAGACAUUGUUCUCUGGUUGACCUACUUUUACAAAUCGAACGAACUUCCAUAUCGGCUAGCAUGGUUUUGGACUGCGCUGAGUACUUGCAACAUCCUCGGAUCACUACUUGCAGCCGGUAUACUGCAGAUGCGAGGAAUUAAUGGUUGGGGUGGUUGGCAAUACCUAUUCUUGAUCGAAGGCGUCAUGACACUAUUUAUAGGCGUUUUCGCCUUCGGCCUUAUGCCUCCCGGUGCCUGCCAAACUAAACACUGGUUUCGCGGCAAGAACGGCUGGUUCACUGAACACGAAGAGCGCAUCCUCGUGAACCGCGUCCUCCGCGACGACCCCUCAAAAGGCGACAUGAACAACCGCCAAGCAGUCGGCAUCUCACUCCUCUGGAAAGCAGCCUGCGACUGGGAGCAAUGGCCCCUCUACCUCAUCGGUCUAACAACCUACAUUCCAGCAAACCCACCCCAGAACUACCUCUCCUACAUCCUUCGCCAACUCGGCUUCUCGGUCUUCGAAGCCAACUUACUCGCCAUACCCAGCCAAUUCCUCUACGCGAUUCAACUGCUGGUUAUUACCUGGCUAUCCGAGAAGUUUAAAGAGCGAUCUAUGAUAGCCAGUUUAUCAAACAUAUGGAUCUUCCCCUGGCUCCUCGCCCUCGUUGUCCUGCCGGCAAGUGCGAACCCCUGGAUCCGAUAUGCGAUCCUUACCGGUCUGCUUUCCUACCCUUACUGCCAUGCUAUCCUCGUAAGCUGGAACGCGAAGAACUCAAACUCUGUUCGUACGCGUGCUGUCUCGGCCGCGUUUUACAACAUGUUCGUGCAGUCGGGCAAUAUUGUUGCUUCCAACAUCUAUCGCGAUGACGAUCAACCGCUAUAUCGGAGGGGAAAUAAGAUACUGCUUGGUAUCUGUGUGUACAAUAUUUUCCUGUUUUACGCUGUCAAGGCGUUUUAUAUUUGGAGGAACAAAGUGAGAGAAGGACAGUGGAAUGCUAUGACGAAGGAGGAGCAAGAGGACUAUGUUAUCAGCACCAAGGACGAGGGGAUGAAGAGGUUAGAUUUCAGGUUUGCGCAUUGA